GCAACACGAGGGGCUUAUGCCAAUAUUUACAGCCUAUAAAAGAAAGAAUGAGCACUGGAAUAUAUGAAACCAUCUUUUUUUUGUUUUAAAGUCGCAUGUUAGAAAAAAAAAUAUGAAAUGAGAUAAGAGCAGAAGUUUUGAAUUGAUACCGAAAGUGUGAGGGAGGUUUUAAAACUGUUAUUAAAAACUGUGGGGAAAUUCUCAAAUGCAAGCUGUCGGGGAGAUUAAAAUAGAAAAAUUACUUAGAAAUAGCUCGAUUUAAAACUGUAACACAGUCUGCUGCUGAAUCGUUGCGGCAAUAAACGGAGCAGUACAGACGAGCAGACCUCGGCUACAACAUCCGGGCAAUAGGCAAGCUUGCGCAGAAACGGAAUGGCGGAGGUGGGUGAAAGGCCUCUGAACCUGAGUGUGGAGGUCGUGGCCUAGUGGAGAUCCUGAGGUACAGCAAUGAAGACCCUCAGCAGGAGAAGCAGAAGUCUUAACAGGAGUUGGAGGAGAACUCUCCUCGCCCCAUGAAGAUGGCAGCGCAAUCCCACACUGCUAGUGAGCUUCCCUUGGAGGAGCUGCUGGCUCUGUAUGGCUACACAGUGUCAGAUCCAGAGAAGGAGACCUGUCACCUGACUGCCAGCCUGCCAGACAUGACACUGGACAAGGAUCAAAUAACUGAGGACCUCUUUCCUGGGGAGGAGGAAGAGGAAUCAUCAGCCGAUGAUCUCACCCCCUCAGUCACCUCAAACACCUCAGAUCUGCUCCGCCGCCUGCAAGGUGGAGACAAAGACACAUUAGUCAGCUCAUCAGAUGAGGACUCCGAUGAUGCCUCUAUUCCCUCCAAUGAAGAACACAAGGAGAUCAUGGUUGGCUCUAUGUACCAGGCAAAAAUCCCUCCACUCAGUCCGUAUACCUACCAAGAGAGAGCCUACAACAGUGAGGACCAGUUGUUGUGGAGGCCAGGGGAACUGUCGGUGCAGGAAGUGGAGAACUUUUUGCUGAAUGCACAGAGACCACAUGGCCAGGAGGGGUCAGCCUACACACAAAUGCACGGAGACACUGUCCGAGACAACGAACAGGCACUGUAUGAACUCGUGAAAUGCAACUUUAAUGCAGAAGAGGCACUGAGACGAUUACGCUUCAAUGUGAAAGUGUUCAGUGAAGAGCUGUGUGCCUGGAGUGAGGAGGAGUGUAGGAACUUUGAACAUGGCUAUAGAGUUUACGGGAAAAACUUCCACCUCAUUCAGGCUAAUAAGGUACGAACCCGCUCUGUGGGGGAGUGUGUGGAGUAUUACUACAUGUGGAAGAAGUCUGACCGUCACGAGUACUUUACCCAACAAACCACCAGGCUAAGCCGCAAAAAAUACAGCCUGCAAUCAGGGAGCACGGAGGAUGGAGACCAGGAUGGGGAGGUUGGGGAGAUGGAGGGAAGAAAUAAUUCCCCUGGCUUGUUGUCUCACGGCUCCAUGGGCCCUGGAAAGCUGGAGUCCCCGUUACCUCCACAGUCGAGCCUGGACCUGGACAAACAAGAUGGUGAGCUGGUGACGGGGCUGUCAGAGCUGUGUGGUGACAGAUGUCCUCAGCAGUUGUUUGGCUGUCCCUUCUCUCUGCCACCCAUGGACGACCUGCGGGAUCCUGACUCAGGCAGUUGUUGUCCCUCAGCUCGAGCCCGACUCCAGUCCCAGCCUUCCCCACAGAGCUCCCAGUGUACCUGCGGGGGCCCUCCGUCCUGCCAUGACGACCACUGCCUCCGGGGCCCCUGCUUCUUCCAGCUACACAUGCGUGGUGGACCUUUUGUUUCAGAGGGCCCUGACUGCGGUGCAGCAGGUGGUGUGACUGACUCCCCCCACAGGCUGCAGGUGGAAUUUAGCCUGCCGUGUUCCUCUCCUCCCUCAUCUGCUGUCCUCCCGUCACACCUCCAGGCAUUUGGCAGCCUGCUGCACCCCUCUCCCAUCCAGCAUCCUCGCUCUCUCACACAAUGAAGGGAGGGACAUGGGAAAAUCAAAACUGAGUGGUGCUCUUCGUGGUUUGCUCUGAGUAGAGAUUACGAUUGGUGUCAGUCUUUACACCGGGGUGAAAGACACCAGGACAAAAAGUACAUUUACCUAAUUUUGUGAAAAAGGAUGGACCUACUACCUUAGGGGGUUACUUGUCUGUCUGACCCCUCUUUUUAAAUUGGGACACUUAAACAUUCUGUCUAUUAUGGAAUGAUGAGUGUGUUAAUCACUUUCAGGUGUUGAUUAUGUGUUUAUUAACAGUUUAUUACCACAACCUGCACCAGGGCAGCAAUAUUGAUUGGCUAUAAUGAAUACUAAAAGCUCAGUGCAGGUGAUGAGAGCCGCGGUGACCAUGCAAACAAACCAGAAGUUGCUACAGUAGGAGUCCCUUUUUUCUAAAACAGAAGAAAGUUGGACAAUGUUAACCACUGUUAACUGUUAACCACUUUUUCUCAUUCAUCAUUUGAGAAAGUUUCGCUGCAGUUAAUUUUUUUUUCCAGCUUCAUCCAGCAAAAUAGUUUAUUUUAACGUCCUCUUCUGAGUCUGUAAUGGACUCUCCUUUGUCAGUAUGUGUCUGCACUUCCAUGCACUUCUGUCUGUGGCAGAAGUCAAUCUGCCUGAAGAAUUCUGCUUAAAUAUAAAGAGCUGAAACUAAAGAGUAUUUUCUAAGCUUGAGAUUUGAACAUGGAUCGGUGUCGGAACACAAAGGAGCACAAUAUUUUUGCAGGUUUUAUUUGUACUUUUGCUUUAGUGGACGUUUUCAUCCUUGUUCUUACCUGAGGAUUUAUAUAGAGAUUUAUAAAGGUGCAGUGCUUUGUCAUGAUCACAGUUUCUAUCAUGUUGAAUAUUUAGUACCAUUGAGAGCCUGUUUGACAUGCAGAAUAGGCAUGAAAUAAAGCAUGUAAAUGUAAAAUGUACAUGCUAAGAUAGGUAAGUCACUGAAUGCAAACACAGUUUCUCAGGUUUUUACAACUUUGAUGAUCUCCAGGACCUGCUGUCACUCUAGACAGGUGUCAUAAAUACAAACAGUUAGAAAAGUGAUAUUGUUAAUUGUGUUUGUUGGUUUAAAGGUAAUGACAGAUGUUGGGGUCCAAAGAUCAUCCUAACAUGGAAAUGAACUAUUCUUUGCUUUUGCUUGCCUCUUGAAGCUUCUAGUUUAUUUGAGCAAAUCCCCCCCCUUUUGAGCUGCAGUACGGACACCACAUCAUCCACUUCCAGCCACAACUGUUUGGUGUAUUUGUGUUGCGUUCUGGGUUUUUACUCUGUAAACCUGUUUCUUGCAACAGGCCCCAUUGAGCUGGUUUGUGUUUUGAAAACCCAAAAUUAAAGCAACAACACGGAAGCAACAUCCAAGUAACGUUCAAUCAGUGAAGAUGUGUGAAGAAAGGUACAAUUGUAUUAUUUUUAGUGUCAAAGUGGGACAUAUUCAAACUAUAAUGCAUAUUAAACAAACACAGGAGAUCUUUUUCCUCUAAAAUGUUUCCUUGAGCAUCUUAACUGACCUCUGCCAGAUAUUGUGUACUGUAAUAUACUGAAAAAGUCACAUACUGUAUCUGUAUGCAUUUGCAUUUCUAAUUAUUUUUUAUUUUAUAGUCCAAAUCUCCUGGUUGGAUACUGCACAACAUAUCAACCUUCUGAUCAGCUUUCUCGUUAGUUCCACAAUGGAGCCCAUCAAUAAGAGACAUUUCAAGUUAGCUUAUGCAUUUUGGGAAUUUUAUAGUUUCACAGUAUUUUCAGGAGCACAGAGGUACUUUCAGAUGAAUGAGUACAUAUGUUAUAUGUUUACUUGAUCUGAAAAAUGAGAAAUUUGGUCUAUGUAGACUAAACCGUGAUGUGAUGAUAAAUAGAAACAGUAGAUAUGGGUGGACAAAGUUUAUAAUAAAAGAUGUUUUAGUAUCAUUUGAUGAUUCAAAAUUAUGUUGUACAGAACAAAUGGAUAAACCUUAGGACGACUCUCUUUAGGAACAUUUUCAUAUGUUUUCAUACAAUCCAUAUCCUGAUUUGGGUAUUUAUUCAUAUCUACAUACCUAUGUUCUUAUACAUGUCAGUAUAUUUUAGUCACUCUGUCUCUAAAGAGGUAAAGCAAAAGUGUCAGGGAAGGGAGGGAUUUUGUUGGUUGUUUAAAUCUAGCCUCAUGUUGUUCCUUCCAUCUGUCCUUCUAUUUAUUCCUUUUUUUCUGUCUGUAAAUAUGCAAGCUCUUCCUGUGAUAUCUGCUUAAAACCAAGCUGGUUUCAGAUCAAUGUUUAUUUUGUCUUUUGAAUGUUUACAUGAGGGGGGUUCAGGACAAGACCAUGAAGGCAGGAAAAGGAGUAGAGUCACUGCCUUUUUGUUAAUUCUUUAUUUUUCUUUUUAUUUUAGCAAUUUAUAUAUUGUACUGCUCCCGUUAUGUUUGUUUAUAAUUAUUAUAUUUUGUAAAAACGAAAUGAUUUAAAAAUGAACAAUGGUGAAAUAUUAACAUGUUUUGCUUUUGUAUUUGUUAUUUUGAAGGCCAAUGCAACCACUGCACUUGUUAAUUAGACACAAAGUGAAGUUUGAGCAGGGACGUAUUGUGAAUAAUUAAAUGUUGUGUUAGUGUUGGCAA